CACACAAAAGAAAAAAGUAAAAAAAUAAAAAAAAAAGUUCCUUUCUGUUCGAUCUCUGAAAAUUCGAAUCUCCUUUUGCUCUUCGGAAUCGAAACUUUCUUCUCCGAUCGGUCUUCUGAGCAAAAAGGAACAAAAGAUGCUACCGUCUCCGUUACUCUGCGAAUCAAGUCCUUCUAAGCUUGCUUGUUUUAAUUCUGCCUUUUCCGGCCGUUCUAGUAUUGGACCAUCUUCUUCUCUUGAAAUGGGUGUCUUCUUAAGUAAGGCAUCGGUUAACUGCAGAAGAGCAUCGGUUAACUGCAGGGAGAGACUGUUAAGUAAGAUAAGGGGCCGCGUUAGGCAUAGGGCAACUAAUGUCUAUGACAAUCGAGAACGGGUGCUAGAGGAAGAACCCCCUCAGAUGGCAGAAGCUGCCCCAUCUUUUAAAACUUUCCCAGGUCAGGCAUCUCCAUUGGGUGUAUCAGAAGUUGAUAAUGGAAUCAAUUUUGCCAUUUUUUCACAGCAUGCAACUGCGGUUACUCUUUGCUUACAACUUCCUCAAAGGGGAGAGCUUGAUGGGCUGGAUGGUGAAAUGGUUGAACUGUCGCUAGAUCCCCAUUUCAAUAAAACUGGAGAUGUUUGGCACAUUUCUAUUGAGGAUUUGCCUCGGAGUAAUGUCCUCUACGGUUAUCGCAUGGAUGGUCCCAAUAAUUGGGUUCAAGGACAUCGAUUUGAUAACAGUGUUGUGCUUAUAGACCCUUAUGCAAAGCUAGUUGAAGGCCGUCGAUAUUUCGGAGAUAAAAAGCAUAAACUAUCAAAAUUUCUUGGAACUUAUGAUUUUGAUAGAUUGCCUUUUGAUUGGGGAGACAACUAUAAAUUCCCAAAUACACCUGAGAAAGAUCUUGUCAUAUAUGAAAUGAAUGUUCGUGCAUUUACAGCUGAUGAAUCUAGUGGCUUGGAUCCAGAGAUACGUGGCACCUACCUUGGUGUGAUUGAGAAGAUCCCUCACCUCCUAGAACUUGGAAUCAACGCAGUGGAGUUGUUGCCCGUCUUUGAAUUUGAUGAGUUUGAGUUUCAGAGGCACCCCAACCCUAGAGAUCACAUGAUCAAUACAUGGGGGUAUUCGACAAUCAAUUUCUUUGCUCCUAUGAGUCGUUAUGCUAGUGCUGGUGGAGGUCCUGUCAAUGCUUCCUGGGAGUUCAAAGCAAUGGUUAAAGCCUUACAUGGGGCAGGCAUAGAGGUCAUUCUAGAUGUUGUCUAUAAUCACACCAAUGAAGCUGAUGACAAGCAUCCUUAUACCACCUCAUUUCGUGGCAUAGAUAAUAAGGUCUAUUAUAUGGUGGACAACAGAGGACAAUUGCUAAACUUCUCUGGAUGUGGGAACACAUUAAACUGCAAUCAUCCUGUUGUCAUGGCAUACAUCCUAGACAGCUUAAGACAUUGGGUUGUUGAAUAUCACGUGGAUGGAUUCCGCUUUGACCUUGCUAGUGUGCUAUGUCGAGGAACAGAUGGUUCCCCAAUUAGUGCUCCCCCACUUAUUAGAGCAAUUGCCAAAGACACUAUCCUAUCAAGAUGUAAGAUUAUUGCAGAACCUUGGGACUGUGGAGGCCUCUAUCUUGUUGGUAGCUUCCCAAAUUGGGACAGGUACAUUUUGUCAAUUUUGUGUGUAUAGUAAUCUUAUUGUUCGCUCCUAUGGUUAUGUCCAAACUUAAAGUUUGGCGACCCUCAAGUCUUGGGUUAAACUCAAGCCAGCAAGUUCCUUGUGGAUGAGAAAGCUGGCUGCUAGUGUGUGUACCAUCUUAUUCAAUCCUCCAAAAUUCCCUUAUGUUAAAAAAAAAAAAAAAAAAAGUGUAACAAGAAAAAGUUGUCAGUGAUGACUGGUUAAUCUCAUAAUACAUUCAUGGAAUUUGCAUUUUGGCAUCUACUAUUAGUUUUCCACUUAUGGUCUACUUAACACUGAUUGAUAAUUUCUGAUAUGGUUUUUGGCAAGAUAAAAAUUUUUAUUUUUGCCAGAGGCAAGACGAAGAUGAGAAAGAUAUUUCCUUUGCAUAAGUCUCUUUUUCCAUUUUUUA